AUGUUUUACAUGAGUAUAAUUGGAAGUGUUGUUUUAGAAGCCACCCUUAAGUAGGCUUAUAGCUAUAAGAUCUAAAACAUUCUAAAAGGAGUUUGGGAAACAGAAAAAGUAAUUUUAGAUUUUGAUUAUUAUCUUGAACAAAUUACACAAUUAGCAGAGAAGAGUUUUACCAACGAAGAUUCUAAAAUAUAGUUGAUGAAGUCUUAUAAACUACACUAAGUAGAAUGCAAGAUACCGACAUGCUAAUGCCAUUUAAACCCUUUACUAAAUAUGAAAAUAAAUAGUGAUUAGUUUUUAAAAAAAUCUACAGAAAAUCAAAAAGAUGUUGGUGAAAAAGAAAAUCAUAUUUAAAUGGAGAAUGAUAUAAAUAUGGGUAUUGUCUAUUAGUUUAUAGAUGGAUUAUUUUAAUGGAUGUUUAGCCAGAGAUGCAUCAAUUAAGAUUCUAUACAGUACGAAAGACUCUCUUUAAAAUACAUUUCGUUCAUGUUAAAGUAUCAAAAUAAUCCUGUGAGAGCUUACUAUGAGCUCAAGGCUCUUCAGCUAAAAAAAAAUACAUUUUCUAUCUACUUCAAAAUGAUUACAUAAAUUAUUGCAGUAAAAAUCUAAGAAAGAAUAGACUCAUUUAUGGAAGAAUCUGGUAACAGUGAAGACAGAAAAAAAGGAAGUUCAUAGACAAAAAAAUAGGAAAGACGUUCAAAGCUAAAUAAAAGCGCUAGUGAACUUACAAUUUAUUCGAUUAUUACUGUUGAUUAAAUGUGCCAUGAUUUUAUCCCAUAAAUUCUUUUAGUGAUAGAUAAAAAAUAUAAUUACUGGAAUUGUAUGCAAAAGGGAUAUAAAACGAUCAAUGACUUUUAAAAUGAUGCUUUGAAAUUGAUGGCAGAAGUAAAUAAUUUGAGAGAUCGUUAUUUAAAAUAAAUGAAAGCAAUAAAAGAUUCUAUCCCUGAAGUAGAAUUAAAUUUACAGUUCUAAAGAAUAACUCAAAUAUUCCUUCUAUUCAUCGCAAACGAUUGUAAUAAAGCAAUGAAUUUAGAAUUGUUGAUAGUAGAUUUAAAAAAGAGGGAUUCUUUAGCUGAAAGUGACUCACUCAAAAACACAAAUUUAAUCAAAGGAGAAAUUUGUAUUUUAGAAAUAAGCUUAUCUGAAAGUUUAGGUAGAAUUACAAAUGUUAGAGAUCAAAAAGCUGCAUAGUUUUUUGGAUACCACUAAAUUGAAGAUUUCAAAAAAGUUAAUUCUAUAAAUGAGCUCAUGCCAUAAUUUAUUGGAAAAGUUCAUAACUCAUUAAUAAAAAGCUAUAUUAAAGGUCUAACAGUUAGGUCUUAAAACGGAGACAGCGUAGUGUAGACAUUUAUGAAGAUGAAAGAUGGGUAUAUUCAUCCUAUUAAAGUACAUUUUAACUUCUCUUUUUUAACUUCUAUGGAAGAUUUUAGAAUGCAUGGAAUACUCCUUAAGAAAGUUGAGGACUAGAGUUAUAUCAUUUUUAAUAGAAGUGGAAAGAUAUUUGGAAUUACUGCAAAUAUUGCAUAAAUCUUUUUUAAAUAAUUUCGCCAUUUUCCAAAAGGCGAAGUUGCUAUUUAAAAUUUAAAUGCUCUCAUGCUAUUUCCAAAAAUUAUUAAAAGAAUUUUAAAACAUCGCUAAGCCAUCUUAGAAGAUAUCAAAAAUAGGUUUUUAGCAGACAAAGUAUGCAUUAAAUAUGAAAAUGAUGUAACAAAUAAUCAAACAAAAAGUGCCUCCACUAUGACUUCAUUGAUCGAAGAUAAAGGAUCGAUGAAAUUUUUCUCCAACCCAUAUUUGGCUUUAAGAAAAUUUAAAUAAUUUUUAAGUAGAAAAUACAAUUAAAACUAAGCCUAAUCAGUUUACAAUAAAAUUGAUAUUUUAGACAAAUAUUGCUUGCAGUUGUUAAAACAAUUUGAAAAUUUUGACUUUGAAAAAGAUAAUAGUGCGCACUUUCAAUCAUCAGAGGCUCUCGUUUCUGUAAGAAGCGCUGGAGAUUAAAGCAAGGAUGAAAGUAAUCUUUUUAAUUUAAAAUCAUUUACAAAAACUGUAAACCCUCUACAGCAAAGUUAGAAUGCUAUUGAAUACAAAUUGAACUUUUCUUACGAAAUUUAGUAUUGCUUUUUAGAUCAGACAGAAUAAUAAACUAAGUCUAUCAGCGGUAAUAAAAAAACUUCAUAAUCUAACAGCUAGAAUAAGAAAUAAAAUAACAAUAUAGAAGAAUUUUAAGAUAUAUUUUUUGUAAUUAAAAUUCGAGAUGCUUCUACAAAAGUAUGCUCUAAACAUGCUAAGUUAAAGCCUUUAAAUAAGUUUAUUAAUAAUUUAGCAAGUUUUUUUAAUUCGACUACUUCUAUAGUUUAGUUUGCCAAUGGAUUAAACCUUUUAACUGAGUAAAAUUUUAAUCUAUAAGAUUAAAAAAGUAUCCAAAAAAGCAAAGUUUUUACUUCAAAUAUUUAAUCUAGUUAAAUGCAAGGUGAAGCUAAUAAAAUUAACUUUUAGCAUAGCUUUAGUAUCGAUGAUUAUAUGCCAUAAUAUUCAUUACAGAUAAAAGAGCAGCUUUCUAAAAUACCUAAAAAACUUAUUUCUCUUCUCUCCAUGAAUAACUAAUAAUCAAUUGAUGGGGAAAAGAAUCAGCAAAAGGGUAAAAAUAAAAAAUUAAAGCUUUCAGAUUAAAGUCUAGAUUAGUCUUUUGAGAGUGAUAAUAAAAGCGAAAAUGGAAGAUAUGAAAAAAUUUUGAAGAAAGCUAUAGAAUAGAUUUAUAGUAACAGAAAUAGUACGGAAUACCUAGAUUCUUGCAAUCCGUAAAUAGAAAAAGUUAUAAGUAGUUUUGAUAUUUCUAUAAAUUAAGUGAUGUCUCUUGAUCCUAAUUAUCACAUAAAAAAAAUUAUUCAGAAAAGGUCUACUUUAUCUGCAUUUAGUUUGGCAUUAGAGAUUAAAUUUACUGAAACAGUUUUAUAAAUAGCUCAAGAUACAAAAGCAUAAAAAUAAAUGGAAUAGGUUUAAAAAAACGAAGAAAUUAAUUAAAAUCCAAUCAUGACUUUUAGAUAAGAUCAUGAAAUUGACUUUGAAAACUUGAAUGAUACUUCUAAUGAUAAAAUACCCUCCAAAAAUUUGGAUAUUCUUGAUAGCAAAACUCAAAGAGAAGAGGCCAAAAAGGUUUUUAUAUAAAAUAUUUAAGAUGUUGAUAACUAAUAAAUUUAGUUAGUUUUUAAUAAUUAAUAAAUAUUUGACCCAUCACCAAAAAACCAAGAAUAUAUUAAUACAUUAGUCAAUCAAAAUAUUGAUGAAAAUUAAUAAUUCUAACCUUUUUAAGUUAUCGAUUUAGAUUAGCAAAAAUCUAAUAUUAACACUUUUGCAGAUUUAUCUGCAAGACCAAUUAUUAAGUAAACAACAAUGGAUACUAACGAUCUUAAUACGAAAUCACAAAUAGCAACAGAGAUAUAUAAUUAAAGAUACCAAGAUAAUAAAAGCUAUUAAAUGUAUGAAAUGAAUAAAGAAGAAUAAAAUUAUGAAAAAGGCGAUUUAAAUGUGAAAUAAUAAAUCCCUAGCUAAAAAGAUUUCUAAAUCUUAGUUAAUAAUAAGGAAUAAAAAGCAUCUUUUUAGGAAAAUAAAAAAUAAUAGAGUACUUUUAAUUCAUCUAAAAAACAAGAUUUUGAAGGUGACGGAACUUCUAAUGAAAUUAUUUAGUAAGAAGCAGUAGCUAAAAUUUUAAAUUAAAAAGGAAUGGUAAAAGGUUUAGACAGUAUAAAUAGAAAUAGUGUUAGUUCUUCUUCUAAAACCUAAGGUAGCUAUGCUGGAGUGUUUCUAAAAGAAAUUAUUUUAAGGUAGAAGAUGCCUAAAUCAGCUUUAUAAUAUCGGAUGCUUUUAAUUUUCUUUUUAAUAUCUUUCCUAUCAUUGAACAUUAUAAAUUUGAUUAUAAUUUAGACUGAUAUGCAAAUAUUUUCGAGUAACGUUACUAUUUUAAGAUAACCACGCAAAUUUUUAAGAGAUUAUGGCAAAGUAUUAUUUGGAUUUUAUAUUGAAUUAGAAAUUUAGUUGGGAUACCUAUAUGAUCCUUAAGGAACUAUUUCUACAGCUUCUGCAGAUUACUAUAAUUCUGGUAUAUAAGAGUACAAUACUUUAAUUUAGGAAUACUCUUAACAACUUAUAUAGCUUUAACAACAAUAGUAGCUUAAGAAUGCAUAAAAAGAUUAAAGUUACUAAAUAUACGUAUUAAGACUAUCUUAAUAAAUAAAUAUUUCUUUUGAUUUACUUUUUACUCAAUAAUAGUAUUAUGUGAAUGGAAUAAGUAAUUCAAGAUCUGAUUCAGAUAGAGCUGAUUCUUUUUUAUAUUUAAGAUAAAAUUAUUUUUAAUUUAGCACACAAGUGAUAAAUGCUGUAAACUUCCUAGUUACUGAUACUCUUAAUGCUGUUGAUAGUCUAAUUAACAAAUUCACAAUUGUGGUUAUUUGUGCUCUUCUCGGUAUCAUAUUAAUUUCUUUGAUUUCUCUGCCAUUACUAAAGGCUGUAAACUUUUAUGAAGAAAGAAUUAUGAUGGUAGUCACAAGGAUAAGCUUUGACUAAGCUGAAAAUGAAAAAUGCAAGCUCUAAAUUUGCAAGCAACUAGUAAAAAUAGAAAGUAUUGAUUGGUUAAACUACAACUACUUUGAUAUUUUUAACAUGCAAAUUUAAAAAAAUAACUUAAACAGCAGCAUAGCAAGAUCCACUAACAACCAAGGAUAAAACUACCUCAGCACAUUUAAUUCUAAGAUAAAUUAAUAGAAAACAUCCAGUUAAGCUUUUAAAAAUAAAAAUAUGGCAAAAAAAGAAUUAUAAGAGAGCUAAAUUACUAUAAGUAAUAAUGUCUCUUUUAAUAAUAUGACAAAUACAAACGAUAUAGUUAAGGAAUAGUUAGUUUCUGAAUCUAAUUUUUAAAAUAGCAAACUAUCUCAAUUUUUAAAUAAUAAGAACAAGAACUUAAAAGAGACGAAAAAUAUAUCAAAAAGUAAUUACCAUUAAAAAAAUUAAGGUAGCAACAGUCAUAAUAAAAUUGUGAAGAAUACUUCUUUACUUCAAUCGAAAAUAAUAAAUUAAAGUUUAAGAAUUAUUGACAGAUUCUUAACACUUCUUGUUUUAACUACAUUUAAUUGUAUAUAUUUCUUGAUCAUAAUUAUUUAUUUAACUCAAAGUAACGGCUAGCUCAAAAUUCCUGUUCAAGUAAAUUAGAGCAGUAUUAAUUUGCAUAUAAUUAUGACUAAUUUGAAGAUAGCAACCGAACUUUUGUCCUUUGAUUAUUAUAUUUUAGAUGGGCUUUGGCCAGAAUAUUAAAUAACAAAUCUAUAAGACUACUUUAAUUAAGUUAACAGUAGCAUUAAAUAACUUAUUUAAAUUAAUUAGUAAACUACUGAUGUCCUUUAUGGUAGUAACCCUUUUCCAACUAGUAUAUUAUCUUAGUUGAAAGAUAUUUAAGAAGGUAGAGGUUGUUAAUAUUUAGUGACAUAUCCUUGCUAGAACUCUACAUAAGAACUAGGAAUAUCUUAAAUAAUUACUGAGAAAUCGUAAUUUGUCAGUUAAUAUCCAGAAGUUUUAGCACCAAACUAACCACCUGUAGAUUAGCUAACUAUAUUUUUAAAUGGAAUGCCGCAUCUAAAAAGUUUUGUAUAUAGCUUCUAAAGCGAAGAUGAAUUACUUGAUGUAUAUAGCACAAUGACAAAUGAUAGCAUUUCUACAGUUUCAUUGAGUAUAUAAAAUUUCCUAUAAAACUAUUUGAUUUAUGCAGGAACCGCUUUUACUUUAGUAAUUUUGACAGUAUUUAUUAUUCAUUGGAUUCUCCUUUUUAAAAGAAUUUAAUAUAUGAAUUUAAUGUUAACCAUGAUCCCAGAAGAAAAGCUGCAAGAAGAUAUUAUUUUACAUAUGGUAAGAUAAGUGCAUAGAUUAUGA